UCCUCCUCUCCUGCAGAGACAGCUCAGGGGAGGGUUUGUGAGACAAACUGUGCGUUACAAAAGCUGGGGCCAAUCUUCCCAUGCUGUCACAGUCUCUGUGCUGGGCUCUGCUGAGGAGGGUGGAGUGUCUGGCUGUGCAGCUCCGACACAGCCAGCGCUGCACUAACUGCCACUGGAAAGGCAAGCCCUUUGGGUCUGGACCCUUCUCGCAGCUUCUCUCCCUGACAACCUGCCUAGUCUCUCCUCGCGUUCCUGCCAACUUCGCGUCUCAGUCAUCCGAGCAUCAUCUGAAACCAUCCUGCGGGUCUGUGGCUGUUCUAUCAGGGCAGUGUUACAGGUCUUCUGCUGCUGGGAGAGAACAGGCCAAUAGAAUCAGAAGCACCGUCUGAGCCUGCUCACCAGCUGCACAGCACGGGCCAGCUGAAUGGAUGGCUUAAUAAGCAUUUAAGAGGUGCGGUUCAGCCAGCUUGGCUGGGGCUUCAGCAGAAGGACGGACGCUGAAGGGAAGGAGGCGAGUGUUGUUUCGUUGUUCGUGAAUCACUGCGGACCCGCUGGGAGUGACACCCUGGGAAGCUGACAACCUCACCAGCAGGUGAUUGAUCUCAGUUACCCAGAAACAGAAGAGGGAGGAGAUUGCCGGAAUGUUCCAAAGAUGGCAUAGCAAUAAAGGCACCUUCCAAUGACUGUGAACACCCUGACCGGUGGGUGCGAGCCCAACUCAGUGGCUUCCUGUUGAGCUGGAGGAAAGUGUCUGCAGCCUUUCCGAACACCCUCUUCCGCUGCUAAUUCAUGAGCCAGCAGGAUGCGGUCGCUGCACUGUCAGAACGCCUUCUCAUAGCUGCGUACAAGGGCCAAGCAGAGAAUGUGGUUCAGCUCAUCAACAAGGGGGCCAAGGUAGCGGUUACCAAGCAUGGCCGGACACCCCUGCACCUUGCUGCCAACAAGGGCCAUCUUUCUGUGGUCCAGAUCCUGCUGAAGGCUGGCUGUGACCUUGAUGUCCAGGAUGAUGGGGACCAGACUGCCUUGCACCGGGCUGCAGUGGUGGGGAACACGGAGGUCAUCGCGGCACUCAUCCAGGAGGGCUGUGCCCUGGACCGGCAGGACAAGGACGGGAAUACAGCCCUGCACGAAGCGUCCUGGCACGGUUUCAGCCAGUCUGCCAAGCUGCUCAUUAAAGCAGGAGCAAAUGUACUUGCCAAGAAUAAGGCUGGGAACACGGCUCUGCACCUGGCCUGCCAGAACUGCCACUGCCAGAGCACACGUGUCCUCCUGCUAGGCGGUUCCCGGGCCGACCUCAAAAACAGCGUGGGCGACACCUGUCUGCAUGUGGCUGCUCGCUAUAACCAUUUGUCCAUCAUUCGGCUCCUCCUCAGCGCCUUCUGUUCUGUCCAUGAAAAGAACCAGGCUGGUGACACAGCCCUACAUAUUGCUGCUGCGCUAAAUCACAAGAAAGUGGUCAGACUCCUCCUGGAAGCCGGAGCAGACGGGACCAUUGUUAAUAAUGCAGGCCAGACUCCGCUGGAGACUGCCCGCUACCACAAUAACCCAGAAGUCGCUCUUCUCCUCACCAAAGCUCCCCAGGUCUUGCGCUUCAGUCGUGGGCGAAGCCUGCGGAAAAAGAGGGAGAGGCUCAAGGGAGAAAGGAGAGCUCAGUCUGUGCCCAGGGAUGAGGUGGCCCAAAGCAAGGGAAGUGUGUCUGCCGGAGACACACCCAGUAGUGACCAGGCUGUGCCCAAGCAAGAAGAGCCCAGAGAGGAUUUCCUGGCAGCCUCUCCAGAGCCCAGAGCCAAGAAUAACAACCAGAGGACAAAGUCAAAGACCAAGGUGUCGGCAUACUCUGACCCCACCCCAGCAGCAGACCAGCCACCAGGACACCAGAAGAACUCACACGCUCACAGUCACGCUAAAAAGAGGAGCAGGCACCGGUGUUCGUCCCCACCCCCGCCCCAUGAGUUCAGAGCAUACCAGCUGUACACGUUGUACAGGGGGAAGGAUGGCAAAGUGAUGCAGGCACCAAUAAAUGGCUGUCGAUGUGAACCCCUGAUCCACAAGCUGGAGAACCAGCUGGAGGCCACGGUGGAGGAGCUAAAGGCAGAGCUGGGCUCGGUGCAGGACAAGAUGAACACGAAGCUGGGGCAGAUGGAGAGUAAGGCCCAGCACCAGGUGCGUGUUUUGGACAAGCUAAUGCUUGAGCGCCUCUCGGCAGAGAGAACAGAGUGCCUGACCCGCCUGCAACAGCACACAGACAUGGAGAAGCACGAGGGGGAGAAACGGCAGAUCUCCUUAGUGGAUGAAUUGAAAACUUGGUGCAUGGUCAAGAUUCACAAUCUGGAGCUGAAGCUUUCUGGAGAUUCUAGAUCCUGCAGGGCCAAGUCCGCGCCAUCCACCUGCGAGUCCUCCACAGGUGUGGAGCCGUCAGUGGUGACGGGUGGCCCAGUAGCUGCUUCAGACACUUCGUCGCAGGUGGUCAGGCCCAAGGAGAAGGCCCUCAGCAGCACUGCUCCGCACAGACCACCGCAGGAGCUGUCUGCCUCAGACUGUGCAGGCUCCCACCUGCGGAACGUCAAGGUGCAGACAGCCUUGUGUGACCAGCAGGCCGGACCCUGCGUCCACAGAGGCACCCAAACCAAGAAGUCAGGAAAAAGCAGGCAUCGGGCCCAACAGGCAGCCGCUGGCAACAGCUGUGGGCAGAUGCCACCAGCAACAGGUGGUGAACAGCCCACCCCUCACCUCCGAGACACUUCGCAGGCUCUGGAGCUCACCCAGUACUUUUUUGAGGCUGUUUCUACCCAGAUGGAAAAGUGGUACGAAAGGAAGAUAGAAGAAGCACGGAGCCAAGCCAAUCAGAAAGCUCAGCAAGAUAAGGCCACACUGAAGGAACACAUUAAAAGCCUGGAAGAGGAACUUGCUAAACUCAGGACUAAGGUACAAAAAGAGAAUUAAGAUCCAGAGAGGGGUGCGGAAGAUUCCCAGAGAUGCCCAGUUUUGCAUCUGCAGAAUCAGUGGGCUUAAGGAGCCGCCGCCUGUGUUAAUACAGCUGUCCUGCCUUGGAAACUGCCAUGUGCUGGACAUCGUGCUCCCCUGCCUCGAAGCUAGGAGGACUUUGAUGGUUAAACUGAAACCAGGAGCUUACUUAGGUUCAUAUUUCAUUCCAAACUUGCAAACUCACUACAGGUUGACCUGGAGUUCAGAAGCUCGGAUGAAGCAAGCCCUGCUAAGAAACUGAAUGAUGUGUCAGCCUAAACUCCAAGUUCAGGAUAUAUGAACUAACGUAAAAGAAAAGCAAGAAAACCUAAGUCCCUUGUGGACUGAAGUUGUCAUUCAUAUCAGUUUAAACACCUGCUGUGCCUAGGCCAGAGUGUCUUAUGUCGGGGAGCUGUAACUCUGAGAUGUGCUUGGCUGAACCCUUUGAGUCUCAAAUUCAUAACUUUUAGACUUUGGACAUAAUUGGGUGCAGAUUUAUCAAAUGAUCUUCACAAUGUAACAAGAUCCAUUCUGUGUUAAGCUAAAUAUUUCUGAAAAGUUGAUUUACUUAAAGGAUUAUUGGCCAAGGAUUGAAAAUGUUCUUCAGGAGCCCACAUAAGAGUUCGGAUCAUUCUAACACAGUUUGUGUUUUUCAGCCAAAAAAAAAGAGCGUUAAGCAUAGUGAUUUUAAAGCAUUCAUGUAACCAUGGCCUGAAACUGCUCUAACCCACUUGUCUUAAAGGAGCUUUCUGAAUUUGAGAUGAGAAAUCUACAUUUUAUAAAGAAGUAAGGUUAUUUCCUGAAAGUAUUUCAAUCUGAAUUAUCACUGACCAAUCUCAAAAGCUUUUCACUGCCUCGCAGUGACUAUCCAGGUGGAUAAUUCAGUGAUUCAAUUGAGACCCCACUGACCCUCAGCUCCAUGGAACCCUGAAAAUCCUGUGCCCCAUAAUGAAAAAUAUUAAAGCUACAAAAAUUGCUUGGUUGUGUUGAGAUAUUGGCUUAAUUAUCUUGUCUCUCUCAGUGUGGGGAGAGACAAUUCCACAUAGUCAUGGAAGAACCUAACACAUGUCACUCAUAAUCAUAAACAAAUCGAUUUCUUGACAUGGAAACACUAGAACGUAAAACAAUAAUAUGACAAACAAAAAAACAACUCCAGAACAAUGUUUUCCCUCGCUUUGUCAAGCUCAGUUUUGGUUCCAGACGUUGCUAUAAAGUAGCAGAUGUCUGCUACCAAGCCUGAAUGCAAGAUGAAGUGGAGGAUCUCUCAAGUUCAUUUUUAUGUGUUUAUAAACCUCUCUUGUCCUUUGGCUGCCACACAAGGGAGACUGCUCCCCACAGACUCUCCUGAAUUGCUCCUACACAGGUACUUUCCUCUUUGUUUCCCAGUUUGCUCAGUCACAGAACAGUGCAUCUGGACGUGACCUUCAGUUCUCUAAAUAGUCCUGACAGACUAUCACCAACAUCAGUUGACUGAGAAUGGCGUACUACUCAAGGAAGAGAUGAAGCCCUGGGCGCCAGGAAGGCAUGCUCUGAGCAAGGUACUUUUCACUUACCAGAGUAGUUUCUGCUACCAGAAGUAGCCUUGUUGAGAGAUGCUGAAGACACAUCUGAACUGAACUAUCAUGUCUCAACCAUCCCAGGCUUGGCUGAGAGUGUUCUGAAUACACUCCUGCCCUUCGGAAUCAGGCAUCUUCUUGGGAACUGAAUGUCCCAGUCAAAAAGUCACUAACUGGAAGGAGGAAGGUCGGACGGACACAGUCCGGCACACUACCCGACUCUUCUCUUGCUUCUCCUCCAUAGCAGACCAUCAGAAGCCAGGAUUCCGCCUCCUGGAGACAGACCAGGUGGCAGCGCUGUAUCUCCAGCCCCUGUGCUUGCUCUGGUGUUUGUUCCAUGGCAUUGUCAAAAGCUUCGCUGCAGAUCCGGUGUGUAUUUUCUCAUGUUUCUCCCUUGUGUUGUCUGCUAAAGUAAGGAAAUGCUCAACUAUACUUUUUCUUCCACAAAUGUCAGUUUGUAGCCUGUCUUGCAGGUCAUAUUCCAAACUGAAGCUGACACAUAAAUAAUUUGGGAGGAAAAAUGGUGUGAAAACCCAGAAAAAUUGUACAAUGUUAUAAUUUGCAUUGAGUGUUCUCUAAAUAUCUAUGAUAGAGUGAAUGCACUAGUUCUAAUCUUUCAGGAGCCAAGAUAAAGUAAGUGAUAUUUUUAUGUUUGUACAUUAUUUUUUGAGUCAAAUGUUGAUAUACUUGAGAGGCAUGUUUGUUGUCUUGUAUUUAAUAUUUUUAUUACCUUGAAUUUGUGUCUCUUCCAAGCAUUAGACAUUGUUCUCAAUGCAAUGGAUCCUUAUUAAACUCCUUAAUAUUUAAAGAAAAAUGACAGUGUGAAUAUUUCAAUUGUUGUGGUUAACUGAGUUUCGUGUGUCCUGGGCAUGCCUUCAGCCAACCACAUAUUACCUAUGGCUAUAAAAGUGUACCUUAGAAUAAUGCAUCCGCUUUAAAGUCAAGAUCAGAUACAUCACAUCAAAACAAAAUAAAAGCAGCUAUUACAUGGCAAGAUUUCUCAGUGCAAGCUUAAGCAAAUGAUUAAACUGUUGAUAGUCUGGGAGAUAAUGCACUAAGGGGGAAAACAAUAUGAUUUGUCACAGUUGAAUAAUAUGUAAGCCAACAGUGCUGUGGUGUAGUGGGUAAGGCUACUGCCUGCGACACUAACAUCUCAUACAGAUACCAUGUCCCAACUGCUCUGCUUCUGAUCCAGCUCCCUAUUAAAGCACCUGCGAAAGCUGCUAAUAAUGGCCUAAGACCUUAGGUCCC